AUGAAUUUAUUAGGAUAAUAAUAAUAAAAUAAAGGAGCAUAAUCAAAUAAAGGGGGAAACAAUGGUGGAAACAAUGGUGGAAACAAAGGUGGAAAUACAGGUGGAAAUACAGGUGGAAAUACAGGUGGAAAUAAAGGUGGAAAUACAGGUGGAAAUAAAGGCGGAGGAGGUGUAAAUCCUUCUAGAAAUUUUAAAGAUAGAUUAUGGUUUGGUUUAAAUGGAUAAUUACAUGAAUUAGUUAAUAUUUUAUUAAUAGGAUUUAUUACAUAUAUUAUUUUUAUAUGA